AUGUUCGGUAUACUGGUUCUGAAUUUGUCGGCGGCGGUAUUGUUGUUUUACCGCUUUGGUUGUAACGGUCAGACGGCCGAAGUCGGCUCGCUGACGUCCCAGAUCGGCGGUUACGCGGUAUUCGAAUGCCCAGCAGUACCUCAACCGCGGUACGACCACGACGGCGGCCUUCGCCGUCUUGUAGCCGUACGUUGGACAAAAGAUGGGCAGACGGUAUUUACGUGUUCAGGGGGUACGUUAACCACCGAUGAACGGUACGACGGACGGACUACCGUGGUAGAACCACCAGAAUUCAGCGAUGUAGUCUCCAUUGCAAUUAACGUUUCUAGUCUUCGCGAAUCAGACACAGGUGACUACGAGUGUCAUGUAACUUACAGUGGCGAUGCAGGUCCGCUGCAGCCGUCUUCAUCACGACCCCCUUUACCGACACUGUCAUUACCCCAGUCGAGCACAGACUCGACGAUGAAUGCUGUCGACAACGACAUGGAUGGUACAGCAGGCGUAAGGUUCAGACUCGAUGUGCAAGGUGAGGCUUAA